CGGUUCGAAACCGCAUGGAAUGUUUCAUUGCUUUAUUUUAGCUGACAGAUGCUGGGCUAUCUGAAGGUUUUACCUCCAGCAUGGCCAUCCCCAUAGCGGUCUUAGACUGUGAUCUUCUUCUGCACGGUCGAGGCUGCAAGACUUUGGACCGCUUCGAUCUGGACUCUGUUUCAAAUGACGUUCUCCUCUCAAAUUUUGGCUUUCCGAGGGAUUUCAUUCUGUAUCUGGUGGAAUUACUCAGAGAGACUCUGUCCAGGAGGACCCUGAGGUCCAGAGCCAUCAGUCCUGAGGUGCAGGUCUUGGCGGCGUUGGGCUUCUACACAUCCGGCUCAUUCCAAACAUCCAUGGGGGAUAUAAUAGGGAUAAGCCAGGCCUCCAUGUCCAGAUGUGUGACUGUUGUCACCAAGGCACUGGUGGAGAAAGCACCACAGUUCAUCACUUUCAACAGAGAUCCGUCCAACACAGAGUACUCCUUCCAGGAGUUUCAGAGGGUGGCAGGUUUUCCUGGAGUUCUGGGUGUUCUUGAUUGCGUUCAGGUUGCCAUCAAAGCUCCAAACAACGAAGCCUCCUCGUACGUGAACAAGAAGGGCUCCCACUCUGUAGCAUGUCAGCUGGUGUGCAACGCCCAGGGGCUCUUACUCAGCGCAGAAACGUGGCCCGGCGGGCUGCAGGACACCGACAUCCUGGAGAGAUCAGCUCUUUACAAACAGCUGCAGGACAAUGAGGAGGGCUGGCUCCUGGGGGAUGGACGUUAUCCUUUAAAGAAGUGGUUGAUGACUCCCCUUGAGAGCCCAGAAACGGAUGCAGAGUUUCGGUAUAAUCUGGCUCACACAAUGACGCAUGAGAUAGUGGACAGAACUUUCAGGGCCAUUCAGACCAGAUUCCGAUGUUUAGAUGGCAUCAAAGGACACCUGCAGUAUUCUCCAGAAAGAAGCUCCUCCAUCCUUCUAGCCUGUUGUGUUCUCCACAACGCCUCGCUGCAUUCCGGGCUGGACGCCUGGACUCUGGAGCGGACGGAGCCUCUGGAGCAGCCCAGCGGACCUGAGCAGAAGCUGGAGGAGCGCGACAGUGAGGCAGAGGAGCUCCGGAAACGGAUCAUACUCGAGCACUUUAGCUAGAGACAUCAUAACUCAUGACUCCCCUUUCUUCUGUUGUCAUCCAUCAAGAAAAUUAAUAAAACUAAAGACAUUUACAGUGAAGGAUCCCGGCAUUAAACACAGGGAGGAAUAAACUCCACAGACGACAUGUUGCUGAUGCAGUUUUUUAAUAUUUUGCUCAUUUCUACGCUACGGACUAAACUACGAUAACAUAGAUUUAUAUAUAUAUAUAUAUGGAGGAACAUGCAGGACACUAUACAACAAACCGAGAUGACAAAACAUCCAAACACAUUUCAAACAUCCAGAAGCUCAUAUUUACUCUGGGAAAAGUCAGAAAACUUUCCAAAGGAUCAAAGAACGGUUGGAAUAAUAUGGCACUUCCUGGAGAUUUGGGACUGUUUAAACUGUGUGUAGCUGCUGCGUCAUCUUAAGUUUACUCACAAACCCUUCUUUUCAAUUGAUGCCCACCCCAAAUCCCCUUCAUGUUUUCCUUCCCCACAGGACAUUCCACAGGUUAAAUUCUGGGAUUAUGACAGUACAAAAACAAAAAACAACCCCCCCCUCCCUAUUUACAACAACUUUGCUGGAAGGUGUGAUCAUUUUAUGUACAUUUGGUCCCCGACACGUUUGAGAAAAGUGUGGAUCUGGCUGCAGUCACGAGACGCAUGAUGUGUUCAAUUCCUGACGACCAAUCGGACGCAAGGAAGGAAAAACGUGAUUAGUUGCAAUGAAUUAAAUGUUUUUAUACAAAAGGUUAUGAGAUUUUUUUUCGUUCUUGUCAGAGCAGGGUGUAUAUGAGA